UACGGCAGAAAAUAGUUGUAUGAGUCCUGUCAAGCGCUCAUCUAUUUUAUCUUUUAUUUUUCCAAAAGCGUAUUUGGUUAGAAACGUUGUAGAUACGAUUAGACGGUUUUAUAACUUAAUGGUUCAGUCAGCAACCAAAAUUAAAAUGAAGUUACCGUUGAAAUUAGGGAUCGGUUCGUCCGUUCUAUUUGUUUUCAUAGUUUUGGUGGGAUUUGUGGUAUUUCCGAAGAUGAUAACCUCUAAAAUUAAAUCGAUGGUUAAUCUUAAACCUGGAACUGAAAUAAGAGACAUGUUUCUUAAAAUUCCAUUCGGUUUAGAAUUUAGAGUAUAUAUUUUUAACGUAACCAAUCCAAUGGAAGUUCAAAGAGGUCAGGCGCCAUCAUUGAAGGAGGUUGGACCGUUCUGCUACGAAGAAUGGAAGGAAAAAGUGGACGUGCAGGAUAUGGAAGGAGAUGACACUAUUUUAUACAACGCAAAAGACACGUUCAUUCAGGUAAUGUGGCCUGGAUGUCUUUCAGGAACUGAAGUAGUCACUAUUCCACAUCCAAUGAUACUUGGUAUGGUUAACACGGUUGUGAUUCAAAAACCAGGAGCACUAACACUGGUAAACAAGGCCAUAAAAUCAAUUUACUCAAACCCUGCAUCAAUAUUUCUAACAGCGAAAGCCAACGAUAUCCUUUUCGACGGAGUAAUUAUAAACUGCGAUGUCAAAGAUUUUGCUGGGAAGGCCAUAUGUUCGCAAUUAAAAGAGGCACCUACCUUGAGACAUGUCAGUGAAAACGAACUUGCUUUUGCUCUGUUAGCUCCUAAAAAUGCUACGCCUGGCAAACGCAUAAAGGCAGCCAGAGGCGUUAAUAAUUUUAAGGAUGUAGGAAGGAUUCUGGAAUAUGAUGGAGUUGAUAAAAUAGAUGUAUGGCCAACUGAUGAGUGCAAUGCUAUUAGGGGUACCGAUGGCACUAUUUUUCCACCCUUGCUGAGCGAGGAGGAAGGGCUUGUUUCAUUCGCUCCAGAUUUAUGCAGAUCUCUUGUGGCCGAAUAUCAGCAAAAAACUAAAUACGACGGAAUUCCUGUUCGCAAAUACUCGGCGACAUUAGGCGACAUGUCCAAAAAUGAGGAUGAAAAAUGCUACUGUCCCACACCGGAAACGUGCUUGAAAAAAGGCAUUAUGGACCUUUACAAGUGCAUAGGAGUUCCUAUUUAUGUAUCUUUACCUCAUUUCUAUGAGACCCAUGAAAGCUACUUGAAAGGUGUCAAUGGUUUAAGACCGGACAAGAGCAAACAUGAAAUUAUAAUUUUGUUCGAAGGAAUGACAGGUGGUCCAGUUUAUGCAAAGAAACGUCUGCAGUUUAAUAUGCCUCUACAGGCAAAUCCAAAAGUGGACAUAUUUAACAACUUUACUGAGACAGUUUUGCCAAUAUUUUGGGUAGAAGAGGGAGUAGAACUUAACAAUACAUUCACGAAACCACUGAAGGACCUUUUCAAGAUACAAAAGAUAGUUAAAAUCACAACAUGGACCGUUCUUCUUGGCUCCCUUUUAGGUUUAUCUGCAGCAGGAUACCUAUUCUUUAAAGAAAGUGGAACAGCGGAUAUCACUCCAGUUCACAAAGUCCACCCUUCGGAUUCCCGGAAAACAAUCUCAACUGUGAGCGGCAAUAACCUGGAAGGAAUUGAUAAUCAUGCUAUGACAAAGACUGAUACCGAUUAUUUAUUUUACCAUAAAAUGAUAUUAUUACAUAAGCUUUCGAUGGCUGGUGGGUCCCUCAUAGUGUUUUCUGUGGUGUUUGGAUUUCUUGCUUUUGAACAAAUUUUAAAAUUCGGCAUAAGAGAUCAAACUGCUCUCAGAAAAAGAAAUGCAAUCAGAAGUUUAUACUUGAAAUUACCAUUUCCAUUAGACUUCCACGUAUAUUUUUUUAAUGUAUCAAAUCCUAUGGAGGUACAAACUGGUUCCAUUCCCAUCUUGGAAGAAAUUGGUCCAUACUGCUAUGAUGAAUACGUGGAGAAAGUUGAUGUUGUGGAUAAUGAUGGAGAUGAUAGUUUAACCUACAGUCCUUAUUCAGUGUAUAAGUUUAAUCAAGAAAAAUCUGGUAUACUAAGAGAUGAUGAUUACGUCACUGUAAUUCAUCCUUUAAUUAUUGGCAUGGUUAACCUUGUCAAUAGAGAUAUGCCAGCCUUGCUGCCCAUCGUCAAUAAAGCAAUUGGUUUGAUAUUUCCCGAUCUUGAGUCUAUAUAUUUAACAGCAAAAGUAAAGGACAUAUUAUUUGAUGGAAUGGCAAUUAAUUGUAAAGUAACGGAGUUUCCAGCUAAAGCUGUAUGCACACAAAUAAAAUCGAAGAUUCCUGGAAUAAAGACAACUGGAAAUGAGGUUUACUUAUUUUCUCUUCUUGGACCUAGAAAUGCUACAAAGGGAAAGAGGGUAAAAGUAUUAAGGGGGAUUUCAAAAUCUAAAGACUUAGGAAAAAUUUUAGAAGUAGAUGGCAAACGAGAAAUACAUUUAUGGGGAACGCCAGAAUGCAAUACUUUGAGAGGGACGGAUGGCUGGAUUUUUCCACCUCUUCUAGAACCGGAAGAAGAGAUAUCAACUUAUGUAUCGGAUAUGUGCAGGAGUGUGAGUGUUCCUCCAGCGGGAACCACAGUAUUAAAAGGAAUCAAUGUACUCCACUACGACAUGGACUUAGGAGACAUGGACCAUAAUGAAGAUGAAAAAUGUUACUGCGAUACCCCUAAAACUUGCCUGAAGAAAGGAGUAUUCGACUUAUCCAAAUGUCUGGGAGUGCCGAUUUACGUGACCCUUCCUCAUUUCCUCAAAACAGAUGAAAUUUACUUUAAGCAAGUUAAAGGAAUGCAUCCUCUUCCUGAUAAGCAUAAACUAGAAGUAUUUUUCGAACCUAUGACUGCAGCUCCUAUUGCAGCAUAUAAACGUAUACAGUUCAAUUUACCAAUAGCGCCCAACAACAAAAUAACAUUAAUGAAAAAUCUACCGGUAGCUCUUCAUCCAUUACUUUGGGUACAGGAGAGUGUAGAUCUCGAAGGACCCCUUUUAAAGAAAGUGAAAAGUAUAUUCGUAGUAGUAAAAGCAGUUAAGGUAGCUAGAUGGUUUGGAAUAGCUGUGGGAAUUGCAAUAAUCGGUUAUGCAAACUUCCACUAUUUUAACAACAAGAAAGAAGUCAAAAUAACACCAGUGCAUCAUCCUCAAACCGUUUCUAAUAGCCUUACUGAAAGUAACUCAAAUAGAGCAAGUAUUAAGGAAAGUAAUGUCGAUAAGAGAAAAGUUAGAUCAAUUCUAAACGGACAUGAAUUUGACAGAUAUUAAUUUGAAAAUAUUUGAAAUCAGUAUCUUUUAAUAUCAUGGAUCAAAACUGUGAUGAAUUUUAUUAAUUAACUUGAAUUUUUACUCAUUUGAAUUUACAGGUGUCUUACAAAUUGUCAACUACCU